AUGGCUGAGAAAGAUUCCAACUCCAGCGGCAAGAUUGCUCAGCUCGAGCAAGUUGUGGCUGCUGCCUUGCCCCCUGCCCACUCAAACUGGCGAUGGCAGCUACAUGCCAAAACUUUGGCGGACAUGGCCAAAACUGCUGUGACUGGUAAGGCUGUGGAUGACAGAGAUUAUAUCAUGGAGCGCGUGAUUCAGCUUGCUUCUGGCUUGCCUUCGACAUCUCGAAAUGGCAAGGAGCUGACCAAUACCUUCCUCACCCAGUUGUGGGGUGAUCUGGAGCACCCGCCUAUCUCCUAUCUUGGACGUGAUGCGGCAUACAGGAAAGCUGAUGGAUCUGGAAACAACACUUUCUGGCCCCAGAUCGGUGCUGCUAACACUCCAUACGCACGGUCUGUUCGACCGAAGACUAUGCAGCCUGUUGCUCUUCCGGAGCCGGAGGCUCUUUUUGAUAGUCUCUUGGCCCGGAAGAAUUUCAAGGAACACCCGAACAAGAUUUCUAGCGUGCUAUUCCAUCUUGCCUCUAUUAUCAUCCACGACUUGUUCCAGACGGAUCCCAGGGAUCAAACAAAAUCAUUGACAUCCUCGUACUUGGAUUUGUCUCCGCUUUAUGGUAACAACCAGAAAGAACAGGAUACAGUUAGAACAUUCAAGGAUGGAAAGUUGAAGCCUGACUGCUUCUCAACCAAGCGCGUUUUGGGAUUCCCCCCUGGCGUUGGUGUCAUUCUCAUCAUGUUCAACCGCUUCCACAACUCAGUUGUUACUCAAUUGGCAGCUAUAAAUGAAGGUGGUCGUUUCACGAAACCGGAUGAGUCAAAUGCCGAAGCUUAUGCUACCUGGGAUAAUGACCUCUUCCAGACCGCAAGACUGGUUACUUGUGGCCUUUAUAUUAACAUCAUUCUGAAGGACUAUGUCCGGACCAUCCUCAACGUCAACCGAACUGACAGUCUGUGGAGUUUGGAUCCCCGUGCCGAUAUCAAAGAUGGCUUGCUUGGCGAGGCACCUUCCCAGGCUACCGGAAACCAAGUAUCUGCCGAGUUCAAUCUUGUUUAUCGCUGGCAUUCUUGUGUCUCGUCUAGGGACGAAAAGUGCAAUUCACAGGGGGGUCUUCGCCAAUGGGAAUCAAAACUCCCUGCAGAUCCCCAGGAACGUCCUUUCGCUAAAUUGCAACGCCAAACAGAUGGAAAGUUCAACGAUAAUGAUUUGGUCAAGAUCUUCGAGGAGAGCGUUGAGGACCCUGCCGGAGCUUUCGGUGCUUUGAAUGUGCCAGAUGUCUUCAGAGGCAUCGAGGUUCUCGGCAUCAAGCAGGCACGCUCUUGGAAUUUGGCUACCUUGAACGAAUUCCGUCAGUACUUUGGUUUGGCUGCUCAUCAAACCUUUGAGGAGAUCAAUCCAGACCCGUACAUCGCGAACCAGCUUAAGCAUUUCUAUGACCAUCCCGACCUUGUCGAGUUGUACCCUGGCCUCGUUGUCGAAGAGACCAAACAGGCUAUGACCCCGGGUAGUGGUCUAUGCACCAAUUUCACCACCUCGAGGGCCAUUCUCUCGGAUGCGGUUGCUUUGGUUCGUGGCGAUCGCUUCUAUACUGUCGACUUCACACCGAAGCAUCUCACAAACUGGGCAUUCAAUGAGAUCAACAAUGAUGUCUCUGUUGACGGUGGUCAAGUCUUCUACAAACUGAUCCUGAAGGCCUUCCCCAAUCAUUUCCGCGGCGACUCGGUUUACGCACACUUCCCACUGGUUGUGCCCGAUGAGAAUAAGAAGAUUCUGACCAGCCUUGGUAAGGUUAAAACCUAUAGCUUUGACCGACCAUUUUAUAAAGCCCCACCCCUCUUCAUCAACUCCCACUCUGCUUGCACAAAGAUCUUGAAGGACCAAGAAGGCUUCAAGGUAGUGUGGGGUGAGAAGAUUCAAUUUUUGAUGGAGAAUAGCGGCCGCCCUUAUGGCCGAGACUUCGCCUUGUCGGGUGAUCUCCCAGCCAACGCAGCAUCUCGAAAGAUGAUCGGUGCUGCUCUGCACCGUGAUAAGUGGGAAUCAGAAGUGAAGGCCUUCUACGAGGACAUUACUCUGAAGCUCCUCGAGCGAAACUCCUUCAAGGUUGCUGGCGUCAAUCAGGUUGACAUCGUUCGUGAUGUUGCCGUUCUUGCUCAAGUUAACUUCUGUGCCAACGUCUUCUCCCUAUCUCUCAAGACAGAGUCAAACCCAAGAGGCGUGUUCAGCGAGCAGGAACUGUACCAGAUUUUGGCCGUCAUCUUCGCUUCUAUCUUCUACGACGUUGACGUGUCCAAGUCGUUGCAGCUUUGCCAGACUGCUCGCAAUGUUGCACAGCAGCUGGGCGAGUUGACGCUAGCCAACGUCGAACUAGUUGCUAAGACUGGAUUUAUUUCCAACCUGGUCAACCGCCUACACCGCCAUGACAUCUUGAGUGAAUAUGGUAUCCACAUGAUCCAACGCUUACUUGACAGCCAGCUGCCGGUUAAGGACGUUGUGUGGUCGCACAUUCUUCCCACAGCUGGUGCAUUGGUUGCCAACCAAGGCCAGCUUUUCUCCCAAUGCAUCGACUACUACCUUUCCGAAGAAGCGGCGGAGCAUCUGGCCGAGAUUCAGCGCUUGUCUAGGGAGGACACUCCUGAGGCUGAUGAGCUUCUUGUGCGAUACUUCAUGGAAGGAGCAAGACUCCGAUGCUCGGUGGCGUUGCCACGCUUUGCCACUAAGCCAGCGGUGGUUGACGAUAACGGUAAGAAGGUCACUCUGAAAGCUGGCCAAGAGAUUAUUUGCAACUUGGUUGUUGCAGGCCGCGACCCUGUUGCCUUCCCCGAUCCCGACAAGGUCCGUCUUGACCGCGAUAUGAGCCUGUACACUCACUUUGGCUUCGGUCCCCACGAAUGCCUGGGCGUGAAAAUGUGCCCUCUCGCGCUUUCCACUAUGCUCAAAGUUCUUGGGCGACUGGAUAAUGUCCGUCGUGCCCCCGGGCCACAAGGCCAUCUGAAGAGGCUUGAUGGACUGGGAGGAAUCGCCAUGUAUAUGGAUGCCGAGCACAGCAGCUUCUCUCCGUUCCCCAUGACUAUGAAAAUCCAAUGGGACGGAGAUCUGCCUGCCAGGAGGGAGUAA